AUGGCAAUAGUCAGACUUUGCCUGCUUAUUCAGCGCUGAAUGCUGCACUGCGCCGUUUGUGGGAUGACUCUUCUCGAGACAUUUUUCUGCUGGUUUUCUUGGAGGAGGAGUGAGAGAGGAGGGAGAGACUAGCCAGAUCUGUUAGUUUGGAGCCGAUAACACACACUCUCUCUCACACACACGUCAACUCUCCUUCUCUCUCUCUCUCUCUUUCUCUCUCUCUCUCUCUCUCUCUCUCUCUCUUUCUCUUUAUCUGACACACACACACACACACUUGAACACUCCUCCGGCUUUCGCGCUGCUGCACCGAGGUUACAGUGAGUGGAUUUAGUCACAGCCAUCUGGUCGGAGUGCAGGGUGGAGAGAAGGCAAAGGGACGAUGCAGCAGUAAAUCCACGGCUGGACGGAGACAAACCAAAGACUGAGAGAGACCUGACAACACAGAUACUGUACAGACACACACACACACACACACACACUGACAGCGGAUGGCCACCGCAGUGUUUCAGGUGUCUUCAUCCUGUGUUCCAGCGACAAACUAUGAGCUGGCGCCCAGCAGUGACCUCCCUCUCAAACAUGUAGACACCAUGGGCUCCACCAAAUCGUCAAAGAGCAUGGAGUCACGGCGCAGACCGUCAAGGAGUGCGAGUCUGCUGCAGUCCCUGGAGGAGAGCUACGAGCUGGACCUGGUCUACAUCACAGAGAGGAUCAUCUCCGUCUCCUUCCCCAGCAGCGUGGACGAGCAGAGCUAUGCCGCCAACCUGCAGGAGGUCGCCUCCAUGCUGCGCUCCAAACAUGGUCACAACUACCUGCUCUUCAACCUCAGCGAGAAGCGCUACGACAUCAGCCAACUUAAUCCAAAGGUGUUGGACUUCGGCUGGCCUGACCACCACGCGCCCGCCCUGGACAAAAUCUGCAGCAUCUGCAAGGCUAUGGACACUUGGCUGACUGCGGACAGCCACAACGUGGUGGUCAUACACAACAAGGGCAACCGAGGCAGAACUGGAGUGGUGGUCGCAGCCUACAUGCAUUACAGCAACAUAUCAGCCAGUGCGGACCAGGCCCUGGACAGGUUCGCCAUGAAGCGCUUUUAUGAAGACAAAGUGCUUCCUGUGGGCCAGCCGUCACAGAAAAGAUAUGUCGAGUACUUCAGCGGUUUGCUCUCCGGACACAUCAAGAUCAACAACAAACCCUUGUUCCUCCAUCAUGUCAUCAUGCACGGCAUCCCCAACUUUGAGUCUAAAGGAGGUUGUCGUCCUUUUCUGAAAAUCUACCAGGCCAUGCAGCCCGUCUACACAUCUGGGAUCUAUAACGUCCAGGGCGACAGCCAGACGAGCAUCUGCAUCACCAUUGAACCUGGUCUUCUCCUGAAAGGAGACAUCCUGCUCAAAUGCUACCACAAGCGAUUCCACAGCCCGUGCCGAGAUGUGAUAUUCCGAGUGCAGUUCCACACAUGUGCCAUCCAUGACCUGGGCAUCGUCUUUGGGAAAGAUGAGCUUGAUGAGACGUUCAAAGAUGACAGGUUUCCAGAAUACGGAAAAGUGGAGUUUAUUUUCUCCUUCGGGCCAGAGAAAAUACAUGGUCAAGGUAUGGAUCUCCUGGAAAACGGGCCGAGCGUCUCGGUUGACUACAACACACAGGAUCCUCUCAUCCGCUGGGACUCGUACGAAAACUUCAGUCACAGCUGCGAGGACGCCACAGACGAAGUCAUCCAUACCCAAGGACCCCUAGACGGCAGCCUCUACGCCAAAGUUCGCAAAAAGGAGUCUGAGGGAACAGUCAAAGCAAAUGGCCUUCCACCCACUGCUGUUGAACAUGCCCUACCUGCAGUUGACCAUGCAUUAUCAGUGAGCAGCGAUUCAGGAAACUCUACUGCCUCCAUCAAAACUGACCGAACUGAUGAAGUUGCAGCAGCCCCUCAGGCAUCCACAGUGAGCCAGACACACGUUCCAGUGGUUGAGGAAUUGCCCACAGUCCACUGCCUCGUGCCACCUGCUCAGCCAUCAAUUAGUCCUCAAGAGAAGCAGGAGCUGGAGCAGCUUCUGAGUGGCUUGGAGGGGCCCAUGCACCGACAGGGCUACCUGUCCACCCCGACAUCUGCUGCCGGAGGGAUGCUUCACCUGGUUCCUGCCCAGGUCCAUGUCAAUGGGCACACGAGCAUUGACCGUGAAACAGACAUUUUGGAUGAUGAGCUGCCUACCAGUCAAGAGGGCAACAGUGUGGACAGUCUGGGUACGUUCUCCUCCAUAGAUGGUAGGGCAACACCAGCUGAUCUCUACUACCAGUCUGAGUCACUUAUCAAUGGUCAGGACCAUGUGCCGUAUCUGGAGCGCAGCGGGCCUGAAAAGCCUCUGGAAACCGUCCAGCCUCAGGUUGGCAGAUCUGACAAACCUGUCACUUUGACCCAAAGUGUUUCAGCCCACUCACCAGUUACUUACAUGGCCACCCAGAAUGGCAGUCUUUACCGCUCUCACUCGUUAGAUGCGGAAUCAAAAUCUAUGCCACAAGCUCCCGCCCGCACCACCAGUAGCAGGGAUGCUGUCCAACGUGGUCUUAAUGUUUGGCAGCAGUUCGGUGUACCAGAGGAGCCAGUAACUGAAGGAAUAACUUUUAGUUCACCUUCCUCUGUAGCAGUGAUGCCCAGCCACCACAGCCUCCCACAGUUCCCUCAUCGCCACAGCGCCUCCCAGCAAGAGAUUGAGCAAUCAAUUGAAACCCUUAAUCUCCUCAUGUUGGACCUGGAACCAGGCAGUUCACUGGUGCCCAAGUCUCAAAGUGCUCCACUGCAGGAAAACAGUGUUGUAGUAACCACACAGCCGUCCUUUUCACAGAGCCAAUCCAGGCCUUCCUACCAGGGCAAUGUCGCCCCACAUGCCCACUUUUCAGGUCCCACUUCCAGCCAUUUGUCAACAGCUCAAAUGUCACAAGGCAAAUUGUGUAGACCAGAACCUGCAGCUGUUUUGGGUUACAAUUCUGAAACCACUGGAUAUAAUCCACCCUCACAAGCAUCACCUACUGUAGCUGAGCACGUCCAAGUCCAGGUGAAGCCCAUCAACACCUACCCACCAAGCACACUGUCCUACUCUGCAGAGGUUUUUGAGCCCCCGAGAAGCCCCAGUGCUCCCUCAGUAUCGCCACGAGACACUGAGCCCAAUGAAGUCUUCAACGUUGAAGGUCUGGUGGCUCAAAGAGUUGCUGAAUACUUGGCCCGUGCGCAGAGUGUCAUCCCCAGCAUGACCUCUUCUCAGUCUGACCACCGCUGUUCCCACUCCCUCCUGGGUGUUCAGGCCCGCUCGUCCUUAGACGAGCCCGGGACUCUGCCUCGCCAUCCCGUCAACAGCGACGACCAGUAUCACAACAGUCCUGACGAUGGUCCCUCUCCUGACGCCCCGGUCCGUUCCCCUGUUCGAUGCAUUUCCCCAGAGUUCGUCAAUGCCAUUGCCAUGAACCCCGGAGGACGGCCUAAAGAGAGAAAUAUGCACAGCUACCGAGAGGCCUUUGAAGAAAUGGACGGAGGUCCCGUUAGUCCUACACCCACGUUUGGUGGUGAGGUGUUUCCCCAAACCCCUGCCUUCCCCAUCUCACCGCAAACCCCUUACUUCAACCUGUGUCGCUCCCCUCCUGGUCUGGCCAAGACUCCGCUGUCAGCCCUGGGUCUGAAACCCCACAACCCAGCAGAAAUCCUCCUGAAUCAAACCGGCACAGAUGAUGAGAGCAGAGAGAGUGAGGAAGCACCGAGAAGCUAUGUGGAGUCCGUGGCGAGGUCGGCGACAGCAGGUGGAGAGCAGCCCUCGUCACCUCGGAGCCUUAGUCCACUCGCAGAGACUACAAGCCAGGAGAGAAGUCCAAGUCCCUCCUGCCACACACUGAACCCACCAUUGUCCAGCAGCAGUCCCAUCCAGAGCUCACAGGGUGACCAUCCUCUACCAGAGAGCAGCGUUAGCACUCCGUCCCAACCCACUACUGAUUCAGGCUUCCGCUCGCAUGCUACAGAGAGUGCCUACCCCACUCCAACCCCCUCAUAUCAAGCUGUACAUACUCCCACCUCUUCCUACCUGGAUUCCAGCUCCCCAGCCUCUUCCUACCUUGGCACUACUACUCCUACACUGUCCUACCUUGGUCCCAACACCCUACUGGGGAGCUAUGUGUCUUCAGAUCCGAGCCCUCCAACCUCAGACGCCUCCCAGACCACACACAGCCAAGGAGGUCCCCAUGCACUGCAACGGAUCAACAUCCUUGGUUCCACUCACAGUCCCGCCUUCCAGCAGUGCUCCACUGCUAAUCAGAAUGGUUCUGUCAUGGGUCAGAAAACAUCACCAGCUAAUGGUUAUGAUGUGGGCAUGCCAAGUCUCCUGCCAGGUGGCAGUCCCAUCCUCGGCCGGCAUGUGUCUCAUGGAGCUCAAAAUAGCCCAGUCCUCAGCAGACAGGCCUCAUUGGGUCAGGGGCCUCAUCAAAGCCCUGUCCUCAGCAGACAGCCGUCCUUGGGCCAGCCCCUGCAGGGCAGCCCCAUACUCAGCCGGCAGCCAUCCGUCACACACCCCCAGGGAAGUCCGGUUUUGGGCCGACACCCGUCUGUGACACAGGUGUCCCAGAGAAGCCCCAGUUUGGACCGUCACCCCAUACACAGCGGGUACACCACGCCAGACGAGCGACACGGGAACCUUUCCAGACAGAGCAGCUCCUCGGGCUACCAGGGACCGCCCACUCCCUCCUUCCCGAUCUCACCUGCAGGCUACCAGGAUGGAGGGACGAUGGGGAUGGGUAUAGGCUUCAGGCAGGGCAGCCCGGCCUCUAGCUUUCAGCCACAGCUUCCAGAGAAGAGGCGCAUGUCGAGCGGUGACAGACCAAAUGGAGGUCUGUCGUAUGGCACGGUGAACGGGAAGAUAAUGACCCCACCGAGCGGAGGCAACACACUCGGCUACUUUCACACCCUCUCUGACUUCUCCAGGUUCAAUAUGCCCGACGGAAGUCCUGAGAGCAGACUGAACGUCAAGUUUGUCCAAGACACGUCCAAGUUCUGGUACAAGCCAGACAUUUCCAGAGAGCAAGCGAUUAGCCUGCUGAGAGAGAAGGAGCCCGGAGCCUUCAUAAUUCGGGACAGUCACUCGUUCAGAGGGGCCUACGGCCUGGCUAUGAAGGUGGCCUGCCCCCCACCCACUGUGCACCAGAACAAGAAAGGAGACAAUGCCAACGAGCUGGUGAGGCACUUCCUGAUCGAGAGCAGCUCCAAAGGAGUGAAGCUGAAGGGUUGUCCCAACGAGCCUUACUUUGGUUGUCUCUCUGCAUUGGUUUAUCAACAUGCUAUCACGCCACUGGCGUUGCCGUGCAAACUGCUCAUCCCUGCCACAGAUCUCAUAGAGGAAGCUCCAGUGGUCGCACCAACCAAUCCUGUGGCUGAGCAGCUGAAGCAAGGAGCAGUGCAGAGGGCCCCUGCUGAUUCCCAUGCAUGCAACGUGCUCUACAUCAACUCGGUGGAGAUGGAGUCGCUGACGGGCCCCCAGGCCGUCGCCAAGGCCAUUUCCGAGACACUGGCCGCUGCUUCUUCGCCCACUGCCACCGUCGUGCACUUCAAGGUGUCUUCGCAAGGCAUCACGCUGACCGACAACCAGAGGAAGCUUUUCUUCAGACGCCACUACCCCAGCAACACUGUCACGUUCUGUGAUAUCGACCCUCAGGACAGAAAGUGGAAGAAGACGGACGGAGGUGCAGCUAAGCUGUUUGGUUUCGUGGCGCGCAAACAGGGAAGCACAACCGACAACGUGAGCCACCUCUUCGCCGAGAUGGACCCCGACCAGCCCGCCAGCGCCAUCGUCAACUUCGUCUCCAAGAUGAUCACGUCGCAGAAACAUUGAGCGCUGUCAGCUGACCCUGGCGCUUUUGACUCCAUUUAAAAAAAAAAAAAAAAAAAAAGGCCUUUGGUUAUUUUUUUCCUUUCCUCUCUUAACCACAGACACGCAAUCUACUUUCUCUCCUCUCUUUUUUUUUCGGACAAUUUAAGCAUUUCACUUUAUUUUUCAUGCUCUCCAUGGCAAGCGUGUGCGUGCGUGUGUGGUGUGUGUCUGUGUAUGAGUGUGCGUCUGUGUAUGAGUGUGUGUGGCUUGCAUGCAUGUGCUUUUUCUUCUUGGACGGACUCCAGAAUGGACCAGAGGAAGUGCAGGAUGGGAAGUGGCUGUGUGUGUGUGUGACAAUGUGGACGGGAGGCGAUGAGAUCCUCCCCGGCAGGGUAACAGGAAGAGGGAAUGACAUUAUGUGUGCAAAUAUUCUUUUGUGUCAUUUUUCUUUCUCAUGUGUUUCUUGUUUUUAAAGAAGAAGUCAAGUUGUAUGAUGUAAAGGUAAAGGUGGAUCGUAUAUAUCUGUUAUAUCUAUCAGGCUUUUUGACUGCUCAACCAAAGAUUUUUUUUAUUUUAAUUUUUUUUUUAAAAGUAGUCAGGGUGUCGUGUGUAGCGUGCCAUCGUCCGGGGGUCAGAAGUAUUCUUUUGUAAAAAAAACAAAAAACAAAUAUGGCUGCUUAAUCAAAAAAAAAAAAAAGAA